UGUUUUGAAAUACCUGAGAGUAACUUAUAUAGCUUUGGACAUGUAUCCCUGCGUAAUUCAUAAGUAUCCAGAUUCGACUCCUUAAGAGAACAACAUGACAGAGGAGUUAAUUGCCCUUGAUGUGUGGGACAAGUUACUGAUCUUGGUUGGCGUGGCGCUGUUUAUGGUUUUGGUCAUAGUGAUGUUGAUGUGUGUUCUCUCUCCCUACUGUUGUCUCUAUCCAUACUGUCCGUUCCGGGUAAAGAAUCCACUAGAUGGAAAGCCUUUGAUAAAUUAUGGAUCUACCGACAUAAUGAGGGAAUCCAAGCACGAUAGGCGAUCUUAUCUGGGGUCUAUAAAAGAAGAAGAGUCUUCCGAAUGGUCCGACGCAAGCGCAAAGAGUGCCCUUGAGCUUAGAAGGACUAUGUCACCCGGUUACGUUCCAAAUGGAUCAAUUGGCUCCCUGCAUUUAGUCUCACAGAUUCAUGAUGGAACGCUGCACUUCUCUCUCAAAUACGACAAAUUUGACAAUGACUUACUCAUUAAAAUUUUGGAGGUUACAGAUCUCAAUGUUGAAGAUAAAACCGCCAUUUUGUCUCCAUAUAUACGGGUUAGGCUAUACAGAUCUCAUAGACAACUUUUUACCGGUGCAGUUGAAAAUGUUGAUACCGAGUUCAAGACCCGGAUACAGAAAUUCAAAGACAAUUUAACUUUUAAUGAGACGUUUAAGACAUCCAUUGCAGUCACCAGCGUAAAACAUAUCAGCAUUAAGUUUCAACUGUGUGACUUGGAUAAGUAUUCCAGAAAGAUAGUAAUUGGAGAGUGCCUUAUGAAAUUAAAGAAAAUUCAUUUGGAAGAUUUCGAGGAAAAAGUCUUUCAGGAAAAGUUGAGGGCACCGAUAGAGGAGGAAUCAGGAGAAAUAUCAAUCGGACUGAAUUAUCUUCCCACGGCAGAAAAACUUUAUAUCAACGUGGUCAAAAUGAAAAUCUAUAAGACACCAAAUAGACCUCAGAAUGUACUCGACACCUAUAUCAAAGUUGUUCUUAUGCAUGAUGGAAAACCACUUAAGAAAACCAGAACAGGAACUAAAACGGAGGAAUCGAACCCUGAAUUUGAUGAAACCUUUCCGUUUGAUGUGCCCACCCAUGAGCUCGAGAAAGUCUAUGUAGCAAUCAGUGCGAUUUCUUUAAACACGGAAAACUCGGAACAGAAACUUUUGGGUCGGAUCUAUAUUGGUUUACCGUUUGGGGGUUCGGCACAGGAACACUGGGCAGAAAUGAUAAGAUCGCCGAGAAAUCAAGUCCAACAUGUGCAUAAACUUACUGAACAGUGACAUUUUUAAAAAUGAGUGAAGUCGUUAAAUAUCAGUAUCUUUUAAUCCUUCUCUUUCAUAUUCCGUCCUUUGAAAUGUAUUAUGUAUCUCCAGCAAAAUUGUGCACUUCCAAUGAGCUUUGUAAAAAUGUCUGAAAAUCAAGGUAUGGAGAAUUUUACAGUGGAUACUGAGCAUCAGAGCCCAGCCUAUUACAUAACGUAAGAAAAUUAAAGCUGGUUGCUUUCUAGUAUGGUUUUGUAGAAAUGCAUGAAACAUUUUUAAAAUACUUGUUCACGUGAAAUCCAAAAUCAGAAUUAAUUAAAUCAAUCUACAAAAUUAUAUAUUUUUUCCUAGUAUAAAGUGCAAACUUUCGAUCACUUAAGUAGGAAUUUACAGAGUGGGUGUACUAACAAAUAUGCCACAGACUAGCAAGCUUUCCCUACAAUUUAUAUUUUAUACAGAGCUCGUUUGUUCAAUAAUCCUUAUUUCAGUUUAUUUUGAUAAAUAUAUUACUUCAUUCCCAUAUAAAAUGUUACAAGAAUGUGUGUAUUCUUGGGAAAACUUUAUGUGGAAUAAGCGUUAAUUUUACAUUUUUUUGAGUUUUGGGGUUGCAGGGAUGCACAAAUGUAUGUAUGUGUUCAAACGUUAGCUUAUUGGAAAUUCAGUUGUAAUUUAUUGUACAGUUUAUGUUUACACUGGGUUUGAUUUAAGCAAAAAAGACAUUGUGCGAUGCUUGAUACGAGAUAAUAAAUAAAAAGUUAAAAUCACA